CAGUUUAGUUACUAGGCGAUUUCCUUACUGACAGGUCUUCUCAUACUUCUAUAAUUUUAACUCUCUUAACUCAAUGUGAAAGAUAUUAGGUGGAGAUGACUGACAGUGAUAUUUAUUCCAUGUUAGAGUUGCCUAACACAGCACAAGCCGAGAAUGACUACAGAUCACAGCAAAAAGCUUCUUCCAGGCCUUCUCUUGCUUGCCUUGUGGCAAUAGCUCUGGGGCUUCUGAAUGCAAUUCUUAUGAGUUUACUGCUAUACCAAUGGAUUCAGUGCCAGGGGUCCAACUGCUUUACUUGUGCCAGCUGUCCUAGCUGCCCAGAUCUCUGGAUGAGACAUGGUAACCAUUGUUAUUAUUUUUCAAUGAAGAAAAUGGACUGGAAUUCUAGUCUGCACUUCUGUUUAGCUGAAGACUCAGAUCUCCUGAUGAUAACGGACAACAAGGAAAUGAGCUUGCUUAAAGAUUUCAUCCGUGAGAAUUUUCACUGGAUUGGUCUGAGGAAUAAUUCUGGCUGGAGGUGGGAAGAUGGAUCAGCUUUAAACUUGUCAAGGAUUAUUUCUAAUAGCUGGAUACAGACGUGUGGUGCCAUCAAUGAAGAUGGUCUUCAAGCUUCCAGCUGUGAAGUUCCUUUGCAGUACAUCUGUAAGAAGUUUUUCGGCGGACACACAUCUUUGUUUGUAUGUGGUGCUGAGGAUCGAACCUGGGCUGCACGCAUGCCAGGCGAGCAUGCUACCGCUUGAGCCACAUCCCCAGCCUGGUU